AUGGCGGAGCGAUCAGCGGCUGAAACCAAGCCAAAAUGCACACCAGCUGAGCUCAUGUUGAAGGUUAUCCUGACGGGGACCUUGAGCCACUAUGAGACUCGUGGGAUGAUAGACGAUAAACGUCUGGAACACAUGCUUUCUGCUGGGAAACAGAUACUAUACAAGACGCAUCAAGAGAGUGAUGUUAGACACAAUCUGGGCCUGUCGCCAGACAUCUGGCAAGGCUUCACGGAUGUACUGACGAAAGCCAUUCCGGUCCUCGAGUCGCAGUCGUUCGCAUGGAAGAGCCCUCCGUCUGCGAAUUACGAGCAUUCCUCCUCCAACCUCAUAGCAUACAACUACUUCUCGCUCGUCAAGGAUAUUGAGCGCUUGAACGAUCUGUGCACCAUUGCUCGCAAUCUUCUCGCUACAACCAAGAAAGCUCAGAACAUGGCAGCGGAGAAAGGCUUUGACCAGAGGAUAUUGGCCUUGGUUGACACCUGUGUCAGAGUUACCGCGCGGGGGUUUGAUGGGGAGACAAAUGCAAGAAACGAGGAGCGAUGGCAAAAAGUGGUCAAUCUUUACAAGAGGCUUUUAAUUACUUGUCUUCAGUUCCUACACAACUUCAUUAUGCACAAUGAGCAACGGAAGAUGGUCCUAUGGCUAGACCUCUUCGGAUACCACUCCACUGGUGAUUCCAAUAUCAUCCAACCGAGAGAGCCACUCGAUCAGGCCAGUGCUCAAGCCGAGGGGGUGGCACCAAUCGUCAAGAUUGGGGAACGUAUUGUUAACCCCCCUAUCAGGGCGCUUUACGAUCAAACUGCGGAAGAUCUGCUACUCGAGACCAUCUCAAAUUUCCCACGGGAGCCCGCAACAAUCAAAGAAGAAGCGGCCAUGCUCCUUCUUGCCAACAUCAAGGAUCACAUGGAGAAGCUCCUUGGGCGGGAUUUGACGGCUAUUCAGGAAAUGGGCAAGGACCCAGAGCAGGUCAAGGAGAUCCGAGCCGCCUUAACUGCUAUACUCGGCGCGAAAGUGGAUGGCUGGUCGGACCUGCAGGACAGGGCCAGGGACCUUCCACCAGCGCUUCCGGAAGAUGAGCCACCCCGAAAGAAGGCUAUUCUGACAAUAGAUCGCAGUCUGACGGCUGGAUUUCCACGAAUCUGCUGGGCCGAUCUUCCGGAUCUCAACGAGUAUGGUGCUCUUGCUGCGGGUGAUGCGCCGAUCACAGAGGAAGACACAAGUAUGCCCCGGUCUGCUCAGUCCGCAGCAGAAACGCUGCAAGAGGCCAAGGACGAGUUGAUGGCACGAUUGCAGGAAUCGUCACAGAUCGCCGGCGAUGGGGACCAAGAUUAUGAUGCCGGUGACGCCGGAACAGUAGGUGACGACGAUUCGCACAGCUUGGAAGCCGUCGCCGACGGAAGCAUGGAAGAGGAGGAGGAGGAAGACGACGAGGAUGAUGAAGACUACCGAGGCCGACCAGGCGAUCAGCAGCGCGGUUUGUUAACCGACAUACCCCUUGUUCUAGGGCCCGCAGAGAUUGAAGCUCUUCCGAUGAUCAUUCAGGCGGGUAUAGUGGACAGCUUCGGGCUCAAGGGUGGUGAAAGAACGGGGUCAAGGAAUAUGCAAGCUCUUAGAUGCCAUAUCCUUCUCACACAAGAAACAGGCCGGAACCUAUUGCGAGAGCUGUUGAUCUUCAUCGCCGCUUGGGAUCUUCCUGAUGACGAGCUCUAUUUCAAGAUGAUGGUGCAGAUUAUGGACGCAGUCCUGAAGAACGGAUUGAUGUCUCACGCCUACUCUGACUUUGGACAGCCAAAGGAUAUUAUCUCGCCUGCACAGGCUGUAGUAGUCAAGAUUUUGACUCACAUUUUCCGGGCGAAAUACUCUCCUGCCUCGGUCACAGGCUCGACGCAACAGAGCGCCACGAAGAACCCGGCGCCCCUUUCUCGCGUCGAUAUUCUCACUGUCCGUUAUAUUUUCACGAUCUUCCGCGGCAACAUCAUCCCUGAGACCUGCGCCCUAAUCUACCUGCAAGGCCAAAUCCGAGCGGGUCGUGCCUUGCCUGAAGAUUUCCCGCUGAACUUGUGGGAUAUGGAACGAGUAUAUGAGGGUGUUUAUCAAUUCCUGGAAUUCUUCGCGGUGCUUACGGAGAAUAAUGACUGGAAAAACCUGCUGGUCAAAUGGGAGAUUGUCUACGACCUCGUGACUCUAAUCAAGGAGCUUGAGGCCAGCAUUCCCAAGGGCCAAUUGAGCUCAUUAUCGCUUGGCCGCAAUAGUCCCCCCCGGGAUGCCCACCAUCAGGGUGCGGCUGCUGGUCCUGUGGCUGUCGAACGGCCCUACGACCCCAGUGACCCGGAUGCUGUCGAUACCGGUGCGGGCAGCGCCGGGUCUCGGGCUGAAUCACCACCCAUUACUGAAGACCCGUCCGAGUUUGAGUGGAGAAAUCUCAAGAAGCUUGUUGUGCUGGUUCUCUCGUCUUUGGUCUGGAAGUGCCCCGAGGUCCAGGAUCAGAUCCGCAGAUACGGCGGGGUUGAGACCAUCCUGUCAUGCACCAACUUUGACGCCCACAACCCGUACAUCAAAGAACACGCUGUCAUGUGUUUGAAGUUCCUGCUCGAGGGAAACCGGGAGAAUCAACGACUGGUGGAAGAACUGGAGGCUCGGGAGGUGGUCAAGGAUGAGAAAGGAAUGCUGGAGCGAAGCGGGUUUGAGGCCAUGAUCGACCGGGCCGGCAAACUUGCCAUUCGGCCCAAGGAGGGACAGUCCGAAAAGAAGUAG